AAAGAGGAUUGAUGCGGAAGAUUAAAUGACUGUUUGAAGUCGAAUAAGCAAACAGUCAAUUUGUCUCAAUGACACUGUGACACUUUCAACAAAGUUUUCUCUCAAUGUGAACUGAAGGCUGUAAGGUUGUCUUUAGAAGCAGCGGAAAUUCGGAAAUCUACCAUUCUACCAUUCUUUUGUUCGCCCCGGUGCUCUAAAUAGUGGUCGGUGACAUGCUCAGAAACAAAAAUAAGACCUUCUCCCUGACUACAAUGAGUAAAGGCGGUCGAUCGGCCAUCGCUCGGAGCAGGAGCAUUGACCAGCAGCUGGACGAAGAGAGAGGACGUAGGGAGCGAGAAGUCCAACUGCUGAUACUUGGCCCGCCCGGGGUGGGCAAGAGUACGUUCCUGAAGCAGGUUCGUCUCCACCAUGGCGACCAGUUCCCGCCAGAGGAGCGGCGCAAGUACCAUGACCAGAUCAUGCAGAACGUGGCCACGGGCCUGGUGCAGCUCAUGGAGCACAUGGAGAGGAUGGGACUCAAGUUUGACAGCCCCGAUACAGAGCGGUUGUCGGACGACUUCAGGAAGAAACACCCCCGAGUAUCUUUCGUGGCUCUCAUCAAAAAGUUCAAAGAAGCCGAUGACGAAGCAGAAGAGAUUUGUCCAGUUUCCUCCAACACAUCGGGCGGAUCUGCAGCGCGGAUUACGUUGCCAGUAUUCAGGACAUCAUGUACAUCUGCUGGCCCACCCUGGGUAUACAAGAACAUACUUUCCGGGUGGAUCAACUUCUGUACAGAAUGGUGGAUGUCGCUGGCCAGCGGAGCAUGAGGAAGAAAUGGAUUCACUUUUUUGAGGAAGCUGUAGCUGUGCUUUUCUUUGUCUCUUUAGCAAGUUAUGACGAGCCUUUAGAGGAGGACACCAGCGUG